AUGGACGAUAGAUCAUACUAAAAUUCAGAUGGAGGCUAAGCCAUGCCCAGUGCUGGUUACUAUGAUGGCGGUCAAGAGCAAUACCAAUCCCCAGAUGGUAUGUACUAGAACGAGGACGAUAUGUAUGGAGAUGAACUCGAUGGCGAUGAAGAUAGAAACGAUGGACUUAACGCUUUGGAAAUAUUCUACUCUGCUGCUCACACUGGAGUUUUAUAUGAUUACUCAACAAAGACUCAAAGAUUGCUGCAAGGUCAUUGUAACAGAAUCACAGCCACUACUUGCUCCGAGGAUAAAAGGUGGAUUGUAACUGCUGAUGGUGGAGACGACUCUAUGCUUGUAGUAUGGGACUCUAUCUCUGGCACACCCAUUAGAACUUAUUUAAAUCCUCAUCCAAACGGAGUUAAGACUAUAGAUAUUUCGCUCGAUAACAAUUACCUCGUUACUUUAGGCAAUGAUGAGCCUCAAACCAUCUCACUCUGGGACUGGACUAAUGAAAAAGAAGAAGGCCCAAUAGUCUCCUUGCAAUUCAAGUACACAGAGGAGUUCUAAAAUUAGCAUUGGGUCAAGUUCAAUCCUUCUGAUCCCACUGAAAUCGCUUCAAAUGGUAAAGAAAGAGUACUAUUCUUGAGUUGGGAGCAAGGAGUUUCAACUUUCCAAUAUUAUUCACCUAGAAUUGAAAAGAAAGAUUUCUCGACAAAGGAAAAGAGUGAGGCUCAUUUCACCAAGACAGUUUUCAUUCCAAACAAAGAAAUGGCAGUUACAGGAACUAAUGCUGGAGAUAUAUUAGUCUGGGACAGAUCAUUAAUUAUCGAGGGUAUUGGCGAAUAAAACGAAAAAAGACUUAUUAAAAUUGUAACAUUCAACUAAAAUAAUGCUACAAUCAACAUUCUUAUGACAGUUCAUGAUGAAUAUCUAGUUUGUGGCAAUGCUGAUGGCACAAUUAGAUUCUAUGAUUUCCAUUUCAAAGUUGUUGCCUGGUUUGAAGAGUUAAAUUUCUCAACAAUAAAGGGAAUUUCAUUUUCAAAGACAGACCCAAAACCAUCAACUGACUUCUAGGAUAACAUUGAAAAGACAUUUAAAUGCUCAGACUUCCUUGUGACUGAUGACUCAGCCCUUGUUUGCAAAUUAUGGUCAAGUAUCUUCGAGGAAAUCGACCCUCAAAGAAAGAAGGGAGAAAUGAUCUUCUAUGGUCUGAAAUCAGCAGUUGCAGCAAUUGCUGUUCACCCCAAAAGACCAAUACUAGCAAUUGCUGGUUAUGAAAAGUUUGUUCUGCUUUGGGAUUAUCAAAAGAAGGGAGAUCCUAUUUUGAAUAAUUACGAACUAUUUAGAAAAGAAGAAACUAAAGAAAAGGACUCAAAGCAGCAUUACUUUACAACAAUGGUUUUCACUCCAGAGGGAGAUGAACUUUUAAUUGGUCAAACUAAUGGUAUUAUUUAAGUAAUGGACCCAAAUACUGGUAUGUAUAAGAAGUUAUCACAACCCUUGAAGACUACUGAAAGUGUAGUUUCACCAAUCACUCAGAUGAUAAUGAGCAAUGAUGGACUUUACUUUGCUACUAUGGAUAAAAACUGUUGUGUUUGUCUUUUCAAGAAGGAUCAUCUGCAGGGAGAUCCAUCAAAGCCAAUUGAAUGGUAAUUCAAUGGUAAAAAGAAAACUCAUGAGGUUGAAAUUACUUCGAUUGGCUUUGGUGAGAGUUUGGAUGAGAAUGAGUAACUAAAGUUAAGAUUAUUCUCAAUAGGUAAAGAUAGAAGACUCUUUGAAUAUGAUGUCUACAAUUCAAGUCUUAAAGAUCUUGUUGUUAUUUCAUGCUUCAAAAUUGAGAAAGAGUCACAUCCAACUGCUUGCAUAUGGUAUCCUAAAGUAGAUACAAAGGAAGAUCUACUCCUUACAGUUAAUGAUGACUACAAGAUGAAGAUCUGGAACGUCAGCACUAAAAACAGUAGAAGAACAUGUCUUGGACCCACCUAUGGUGGUGAAAUUGUGAAGCUUAAGAGACUAGAUAUCGACAAUAACCCAGAUAAAUUCUUGAUUUAUAGCACAAAGAAGAAGGUUAUAGGUCUCAUUAAAAUGGCACUCGAUGGAAAUCCAAAUAAAACUAUGGGUCUCAUUGCUCAUCCUAGUGAAGUUGUUGAUAUUUGUGCAACUAGAGAUGGCAGAUAUAUCUUCACAUGUGGAGGUGAUGACUUGGCUGUAAAUAUGUGGAGCGUCGAUGUUAAUCCAAUUGAUUAAGCUAUUGCUAUGGGAGGUGAAGGCAUUGAGCCCUUUAUCAAUCUUAUUGAGGGAGGAAGAGAUGGAUAAACAUUCCAAGAUAUGAAGGAUUUCUUCUACUAUGCUAUGAUUAGAGCAAAGGAUGAGAAUACAACUAAAACAAGAAAGUUGAAUGGAACUGUUCCAUUAGAUGAACUUCCAAAUCUAAUGAGAGCAAUGGGUUACUACCCAACUCAAUAAGAGGUUGAUAACAUGAAGGAUGAAGUAAAGUUCAGUAAUUUCGCAGAAACUGGAUAGCAUGUCAAUGCUGUUGAUCUAGAUACCUUUAUUAGGCUUUUCGUCAAUCACAGGCCAGUGUAUGGUAUUGGUAAGAAUAAUAUUCAGGAUGCAUUCUAAGAGCUUAUUAAUGAUGACCCAGGCAAUAAUAAGGAAAGAGGUUUCUUAUCUAAAGAUUACUUAUUGAGUCUACUCUAACAAGAGGGUGAGCCAAUGACUGUACAAGAAUUAUAGGAUUGCCUUCACUUGUUAGUCGGUGAUGGUAACUUUAAGACAGCUUUAGCUCCAGAGAUUACAUCUGACGAUUUUGCUGAAAAUGUCCUUGGAUUCGAGGAGGUAGAGGAGAUUGAAGAAGAUGAAGGAGAAAUGAAUGCAUAGCAAGCUGCAAUGAUGGCUUCAUAUUCUUAAGGUUUAGGAGGUGUUCACAAUGAAGUCAUUCCUGAAGAAGACAUAUGA